GCUGUGGAAGGAGCAUGCGCACUGGACGGGGCCGGCUCCCGGCGCAAGGAAGCAUUCGCGGUGAACCUGGCGGCUGCGCUGGGGUAUGCGGUACCGGCUAGCGCGGCUGCUGCACCCUGCGCUGCCUAGCACCUUCCGCUCCUUCCUCGGCGUCCGCUCGCCGGCCCCGGAGCGACUCUGUGGUUUCCAAAAAAAGAUCUACAGCAAAAUGAAUAAUCUAACAAUCAAGAGACUAGGAAAUCACAUUAUCAAAUCUCCUGAAGACAAGCGAGAAUACCGUGGGCUAGAGCUGGCCAAUGGUAUCAAAGUACUUCUCAUCAGUGAUCCCACCACGGAUAAGUCCUCAGCAGCACUUGAUGUACACAUAGGUUCAUUGUCAGAUCCUCUAAAUAUUGCUGGCUUAAGUCAUUUUUGCGAACAUAUGCUAUUUUUGGGAACAAAGAAAUAUCCUAAAGAAAAUGAAUACAGCCAGUUUCUCAGUGAGCAUGCAGGAAGUUCAAAUGCCUUUACCAGUGGAGAGCAUACCAAUUACUAUUUUGAUGUUUCCCAUGAACAUCUAGAAGGUGCCCUAGACAGGUUUGCACAAUUUUUCCUGUGCCCCUUGUUUGAUGAGAGUUGCAAAGACAGAGAGGUGAAUGCAGUUGACUCAGAACAUGAGAAGAAUGUGAUGAAUGAUGCCUGGAGACUCUUUCAGCUGGAAAAAGCUACAGGAGAUCCCAGACACCCUUUCAGCAAAUUUGGGACAGGUAACAAAUACACUCUGGAGACUAGACCAACCCAAGAAGGAAUUGAUGUAAGACAAGAGCUACUGAAAUUCCAUUCUACUUUUUAUUCAUCCAAUUUAAUGGCUAUUUGUGUUUUAGGCCGAGAAUCCUUAGAUGAUUUGACUGAUCUGGUGGUCAAGUUAUUUUCUGAGGUGGAAAACAAAAAUGUCCCAUUGCCAGAAUUUCUGGAACACCCUUUCCAAGAAGAACAUCUUAAACAACUUUACAAAAUAGUACCCAUUAAGGAUAUUAGGAAUCUUUAUGUGACAUUUCCCAUACCCGACCUUCAGAGAUACUACAAAUCAAACCCUGGUCAUUAUCUUGGUCAUCUCAUUGGGCAUGAAGGUCCUGGGAGUCUGUUAUCAGAACUUAAAUCAAAGGGCUGGGUAAACACUCUUGUUGGCGGGCAGAAGGAAGGAGCCCGAGGUUUUAUGUUUUUUAUCAUUAAUGUGGACCUGACUGAGGAAGGAUUAUUACAUGUUGAAGAUAUAAUUUUGCACAUGUUUCAAUACAUUCAGAAGUUACGUGCAGAAGGACCUCAAGAAUGGGUUUUCCAAGAGUGCAAGGACUUAAAUGCUGUUGCUUUUAGGUUUAAAGAUAAAGAGAGGCCACGAGGUUAUACCUCUAAGAUUGCAGGAAUAUUGCACUAUUAUCCCCUAGAAGAAGUGCUCACAGCAGAAUAUUUACUGGAGGAAUUUAGACCUGAUUUAAUAGAAAUGGUUCUUGACAAACUCAGACCAGAAAAUGUCCGGGUUGCAAUAGUUUCCAAAUCUUUUGAAGGAAAAACUGAUCGCACAGAAGAGUGGUAUGGGACCCAGUACAAACAAGAAGCUUUAUCAGACGAAAUCAUUCAGAAAUGGCAAAAUGCUGACCUCAAUGGAAAAUUUAAACUUCCAACGAAGAAUGAAUUUAUUCCUACAGAUUUUGAUAUUUUACCAUUAGAAAAGGAAGCGACAUCAUACCCUUCUCUUAUUAAGGAUACAGCUAUGAGCAAGCUUUGGUUCAAACAAGAUGAUAAGUUUUUCUUGCCAAAGGCAUGUCUCAACUUCGAAUUUUUCAGUCGCUACAUUUAUGCUGAUCCUCUCCAUUGCAACAUGACAUACCUGUUUAUCAGGUUAUUGAAGGAUGAUUUAAAAGAGUAUACAUAUGCAGCACGCCUCUCAGGUUUGAGCUAUGGCAUUGCAUCAGGAAUGAAUGCAAUACUUCUCUCUGUGAAAGGUUACAAUGACAAGCAGCCAAUUUUGCUAAAGAAGAUUAUUGAGAAAAUGGCAGCCUUUGAGAUUGAUGAAAAAAGAUUUGAAAUUAUUAAAGAGGCAUACAUGCGAUCUCUUAACAAUUUCCGAGCUGAACAGCCUCACCAGCACGCUAUGUACUACCUCCGUUUGCUGAUGACUGAAGUGGCCUGGACUAAAGAUGAACUAAAAGAAGCCCUGGAUGAUGUCACCCUUCCUCGCCUAAAGGCCUUCAUACCUCAGCUGCUAUCACGGCUGCACAUCGAAGCCCUUCUCCAUGGAAACAUAACAAAGCAGGCUGCAUUAGGAAUUAUGCAGAUGGUUGAAGACACCCUUAUUGAACAUGCUCAUACGAAACCUCUCCUUCCAAGUCAGCUGGUUCGGUAUAGAGAAGUUCAGCUCCCUGACAGAGGAUGGUUUGUUUAUCAGCAGAGGAAUGAAGUUCACAAUAACUGUGGCAUUGAAAUAUACUACCAAACAGACAUGCAGAGCACCUCGGAGAAUAUGUUUCUAGAGCUUUUCUGUCAGAUCAUCUCUGAGCCUUGCUUCAACACCUUGCGCACCAAGGAGCAGCUGGGCUAUAUCGUUUUCAGUGGGCCACGUCGAGCCAAUGGCAUCCAGGGCUUAAGAUUCAUUAUCCAGUCAGAAAAGCCACCUCACUACCUGGAAAGCAGAGUGGAAGCUUUCUUAAUUACCAUGGAGAAGUCCAUAGAAGACAUGACAGAAGAGGCCUUCCAAAAACACAUCCAAGCAUUAGCAAUUCGUCGACUAGAUAAACCAAAGAAACUCUCUGCAGAGUGUGCUAAGUACUGGGGAGAAAUCAUCUCCCAGCAGUACAAUUUUGACAGAGAUAAUACAGAAGUUGCAUAUUUAAAGACACUUAGCAAGGAAGAUAUCAUCAAAUUCUAUAAGGAGAUGCUGGCAGUAGAUGCCCCAAGGAGACACAAGGUAUCCGUCCAUGUUCUUGCCAGGGAAAUGGAUUCUUGUCCUGUGGUUGGAGAGUUCCCCUGUCAAAAUGAUAUAAAUUUGUCACAAGCACCAGCAUUGCCACAACCUGAAGUGAUUCAGAACAUGACUGAGUUCAAGCGUGGUUUGCCACUAUUUCCCCUUGUGAAACCACAUAUUAACUUCAUGGCUGCAAAACUCUGAAGAUUUCCCAAGGAUGGGAGCAUGCAUUCCUGAGUCUUCCUGGGGCCAGGAAAAUAAUCUUGGCCACUUUAAUAGUUUUGGGGUCACUAUUAGAGAGACAAACAGAAAAAAAGCAGUUGUCAAAUGUCAUUAUGUAGAAAUAUUAAAAAUCUAAAGUAAUUAAACUACAGAAUCAUAUAGAUGUAGAAUAUUUUUAAAAUACAUGCCUCUUAAAUAUUUAAAAAAAUUUUUCUUUUCAUUACUAAGAGAAAUUGCCCUUAUAUAACAGUACUUAAAAUGAUGAAUGAUAUUCCUGUAGAAAUCUUCCUUCCCUAUUCUGUAAAAUAGUCACUUGUCAAAAGAAAAUACGUUAGCUUUUUUGUAAAAGCCUCCUAGGUUGACAGAAAAGGCUAUGAAACAUUUAGAAAGGUAAUACCCUUUUAAAAAUUGAUCCUCAAAUUUGCUUUCUACCUAAUGGUUUUGUGUAAAUCAGUGGAGAACAUUACAUUUACAGAUAAUGAACAAAGAAAUGUAAUUUUCUUUUAUUAGUGAAAUUGCUGAUAUAAGGCAUGGUUUUAAUCUUUUUAUAAAAUUUGAACAUGUUUUUUAUUCAAACUAGGAAAAUGCUGAAAAAUCCUAGAUCACCCUACUUAUUUACAGUGCUAAAGUUACAUCGAUUCAUCCCAAAGUGAAUUUCUCAGGAUUACUGUGUUCCUUUCUGGUUGAAUUAUAUUGACAUUCUUGUUGUUCAUAGUUGGUUUGCAGUGUUGCAUCAGUUUUCCUUUUUCCCAUUAACAUGUUGCUGUAUUUAUUUAAUAAGUACAAAUAGGGUCAACUUCAGAUCCCACUGAGUGUGUGACAUGCUCUUCCAACAUCAGCUAUUAUAUAAACACCUGUAACUUUUUACUGCCAUGAAAUGACAGUCAGCAUGAAUCAAAAUAUUUGUCCCAUGAUAAGUCUAAGAUUUUAAGUAUAAAGCCACCUUUUUGGAGGUAUUAAAAAAAUGAAGCCUUGGAUUCUUAAAUAGCAUGAUCUCCGUAAGACUCUAAAAUCCCUUUUUUGCUACCAGUCUAAUACUGCCUUAAAGUGUUAAGUUAUUUUUUGAAUAUAUAAAUAUAAACAUACAGAUGAUGACUGGAGUGGACUUUUAAAAAAUAUUUUUUUCAUGAGAUACUAUUUUAGAUGAAAUUGUUACUGUAGAUUUAACAGCUGUUUUGAAAUAUUUACUGUUAUUAAAAUUCACUUCAAGAGAAAUUGCAAUAUACUUCCACAUACAGGCACUAGUAACAAACAGUAAGUGGCCCUGUCAUCCACUAACUCAGGCAGAGUAAAUGACAUUUUACCUCCAUAUGAGUUGAUUUGCCAGGACUUCUUUCUGUAGAGUCAAUGUCUUUUCACAUCUUUUUAAGUUUUCACAUUUGCAGUUUUCACACAAACUAAAUUUGGGGCAAGAAUGCUGUAAUCACAACUGCAGAGGCUGCUUUGAAAAGCGAGCUCCAUCUGUCAGAUAAAUGUGGUGCUGUAACCGUCUUUUUAUCACUACUCUCAAGAGCUUCCUGGUAUGAAGCCUGUCUUUGUCCAUCGGAAGGUAUCUUAGUCAUCACUUCCUUCUGGUUUUAUGCAUUUGUAGACUAUGCAGCUUUCCAUCAAACUGCAAAUAUAUAUGAGAGGGAUCUAAAAUUAGUCCUGAGUGUUUAAAUCACCACUGUAAGAAUCAACAAUACACCUACAUUUUCUGUGGAAAAUUAUGUGCUAGUGAGUAAUUUCUAGCUCUUUAAAAAAAAGCAAAUGGGUGAAAUUUAACAGUAUCAUGAGAGUCACAUGAAGAAAUCUGAAAAGAAUCUCAUAUAGUCUUCCAGGAACUGGUGAUUGUUGUUCAGUGUGUUCUAGCAUUGUCUAGUUUCCGGAUUGGAUCUAGAGCUUCUGUUGGGUCACUCAGGCCUACUAAUGGAUUCAUUUAAAUGGAUCCAAGCUGCAGUCCAUGAGCAAUAACAGACUACCCUGAAUACUGCUCUUUACGUAGUGCUUAGUAAAUGAGAUUUGUGAAACACACUAAGUUAUUAGUUACCUGUGACUUAAAAAAAAAGUCUUCUUUUUGACUAGUUGAUGUGGAAGAGAGCAUGUGACACAGCCAGUAUGGUGGAGUGCUAGGGUAACCCUGUUUACAAUAAAUCGCCUGAAUUUAAACUCU